CCGGAAACAGAAUUGUUUGUACCUGGGCAACCCAACUGCUGGCCAAGGCAAAGUGCUCUGAACAGAAUUUUGUCAACUUUCGGUUCCGCAACACAGCUUCUGCUCUUAUCCACUGAUUGAUGGCAAAAGUCCAGGACGUUGAAAAUUUUAUUAGGAGUGCUUUGGGUGCACAUUUCACUAUUACAGCCAUUGAGACCAGUGACUCUUUGUUAGUUCCACUUCCAGCAUGGACAGUACUGUUCGGAAUCGAAAAAUGCAGGGCACAAUGAAGGAAGGCAUGUCAAGAUUAGAAUCUGCCAUGUCAGAUUCUGUUCUCAGAUUUCGUCUUAUGCCUUCUAGAGCAAAGUUUGUAAUAUUUUUAUCUGGAAUCUUGUCCGUUUUCUUUUAUUUGUAUCUCGGUCACUGGGUUUUUGCAACAGAUUCUGAUAAGGCUUUAGAAUCUCUUCUUGAUACAGAGAAAUGCCCAGCUUGUUUUGGCUACUCAGCUUGCGGGUUACUUUACAAUAAACAGCUCAAAUUAUCUGGUACAUCAAGGUAUAGAUUACUUGACAUGAUAAAUGGAAAAAAUGUCCAUUUUGGUCUAUUGGAAUAUGACGAUAGGGAGGUGGUUCUGAAGAAACUAGCUACAGAUACCGAAUUAAAAGCAACGGACAAAAUGCUUUGCGAAGAUGCUAAAAGGCAAGAAGGAUGUGAUAUUGCUCGAGUUAUUGUUCGCACAGACAUUGGUGCACCAUUGUUCAAGGGAGACUUGACUCCGAAAAUACUUGAAAAGACUGGUGGAUUCAUGUUCUAUUGCCCAAGCUAUCGUCUUGUGGAUCGAAUGUGGAACUACUUCCAAGAGUUUAAGAAAAAAAAUGAUAUAUUUGUGUCUGACAAGAUGCAAGUGCUCUACACAGGCUUUGUGAACCCAGAACCUCUCAUCUUACAGACUUUUCCCAAGCAUCAGGGCUGGCCAUUCCCCGAGUACAUCGGGGCUUGUGGCAGAGUUGUUGUGGAGGAGCAUGCAGGGAAGACACUCUCUGAGUUUUUCAAUGCUCCUUUCCCUGUCAGGGCUGCCCUGGCGUAUCAGUUGAUGCAAAUAGCAGAGACAUUGUCCACUAAGUCUGACUUUGCCUUAUACCUGACCGAUGUCAGCUUUGAAAACUUUGCUGUUGACAGUUCUGGCAAAGUGACGGUUAUUGACCUGGAGAAUAUAAUUGUGGUCGACACAUUGGCUAUCAAAGCAAGAAAGCCCCGAGGGUGGGAUGAGCCCCAUGAAGCGAUGUUCAGCGAGUGCGAAGGGAAGAACUGCCUAAUGUUCUCCACACAAGACCUCUGUAGCCGCGUGAAAAGUGACCACAACUACAAUGCUAUCUGCCGCAACCUUCUGUCUCACUAUGCCAACGAGAAUGGUUUGGUGGGGGGUCUGCUACACGAUAUGCCAGUUUCUGCCAACGACUUUUGGGACUUGGGUAAUUUAUUGGAAGAAUGUGCUCGGCCCACAGACAAAGAAGGAAGGUGGAGAGCAAAGGAGAAGAUGAUGGUAGCACUGGAAGAUUUGAAAGAGACAAGAGGGAGCCAUACAAAGAUAAAUAAAAAAGCUAAAAUGUAGCUGUGAGAGUGAAGUUUGAUGAUUGUGUGGGUUUUUCGCCUUGUUGGGAGGCACCACUUUUGGUUGUGGGAAAUUGUUGCUUGUUUUCUUUGCCAUGUGCAGUCCCCUAUGUUGGCUAGUUUAUGAUUGUGCUUGUGUGUGUGUGUGUCUGUGUGUGUCUGUGUGUGUGGAGAUUUUUUUUUGUUUGGAGAGGGGGGGGGGUACCUCAUGGUUACUGUUUCUUUUCCUUCCCUCUGCUUUUUCUGUCUCUCUGUCAGUCUUGCCUUUGUCCUUUAAGAUGUGACUUUCAUUGUAUUGAUGUGCUUCUUUCUACUCAAAGAAAGUGUUUGCGUGUACGUGGUGAGUACAAGUGUGUGUUGGAGACUGCGAGUAUUUGAAUGUUAGUUUGGCAUUAUGGUAUCCUUAACUGUUUUUAUAAAGUGAAAGGAAAGUUUCAACAUUUUAUCGUUUUGUUAGUGGAUGAUUGAAAUGAGUCAGCAGUAGGUCCUACUUCUUUUCCUGUCUACUGUUGUUUCUGUCUCUCUAUUUCACUUUUUCCCUGCAGUAUGUUAGAAGCAAAGUUACUAAACUG